AUGUUGUUCGCCGAACAAGUCCGAAUUAUAUCUACAUUAUGUCUAACUGUAUUUGGAUGUACAGGAAAUAUUUUAACAUUAAUUAUUCUUAAUCAACGUUUCUUUCGUAAAACACCAUCAGCUAUAUUAAUUUCAGCUUUAUGUAUUGCUGAUUGUAUUGUACUCUGUUUACAGAGUUUAAAAAUUGUAGCAAAAGUUUAUUUCCCAAUAACAUCGUAUGAUUGUAUUGUUUUCUUCUGUUUGGAUGUGUCUCGUUUUAUGUCUGUUUGGAUUGUUUGUUUUAUAAAUCUGGAACGUUGUUCACUUGUAUUUAAUCCAUGUCAUAUACCACGCUUAACCAGUCGAAUUAAAUCAUGCCUAUUUGUUAUGAUAUUAUUUACUAUAUCGCUACUUAUAUUUAGUCAUUAUGUUGUACAUUUGAAUAUGGAAUAUACUUAUGAUUCUAAUGAAACAAGUAUUAUUCACUCAGUUUGUACAUACAAACCAGGUUUUAAUCGUGUAGCAUGGGAAUUUUUACGAUCGGCUUCCACAUAUUGGUUAACAGUUCCAAUUUGUAUUAUUUGUAAUAUUAUUAUAAUAAAAUGUCUUUUUCAAGCAUCACGUAUUGAACGUACAUUAAAUAAUGAUUUAACAUAUUCAUUAAAUUUAUCAAGUAAACAACGUCAAUUAACAGCAAUGCUUGUUACAUCAUCCGUAUGUUUUGUUUUGACAGCAACACCUUCAACAGUACAUGCAAUUUAUUUAGCCAUAUCAGAAAAUACUAGUCUCCGUCAAUAUAUUAUAUAUAUAUAUAUAAAUAUUCUUCUUCAUUUUCAUCAUGCAGUGAAUUUUUUAGCUUUCGUUUUUUCAUGUGCACGUUUUCGUGCUGAAUUAAUUGGAUUAUUUCAUAAUUAUUUAUGUCGUCGAAUUUUUAGAAAUUGGUAUAGACGUGCAGCACCAAGUACUGAACAAAUGUAUAUGUAUUCAACAAGACAACAAAAAACACCAAUAAAAUUAUUUACACCAAAAGCACAUCCACAUAAACGAAUUCAUCACAAUGGAAUAGUUAUACUUGCAGCAAAUAAUUAUAAUAAUAAAAUGGGACGAAUUUAUUAA